UUUUGAGUGGCGUGCGUACCUGGUCAUACAUAAUAAAAUGGACGCGAAGAAAAUUUACGGAAAAUAUAAAAUAUCUUAAAAUAAGUUUUUCUAGGGGAGUGUGAACACAUAAUCACAACACUGCGAUUUCAAGAUGUCAGACACGUAGGCUGGUGACAGCUAUAUUAAUUUGCUCUGAUUAAAAAGUUAAAAAUGGACCCUCCAAAGGAGUUUCUCAGUAGUUCUCACGACACUUCGACUGGUAGUGAAUUGGGAAAUUUUUCAUUUAUACCAACAGAGCAAAAUAGUGAUGAAAUAUCAGGAAAUAUGCAACAUAACGAUAGCGACAUCUCAAGCAAAGAAAAUAAGUCAAAUAUAAUUGAUGGUAAAUUAGUAACUACACUACUUGGAAAUAAAGGUAUCAGUUGGUUGUUGGAAGUUGAAGAUGCAGACGACGAGACAUUUGACAAGCCAUUAUUGGAAGAGCUUGAUAUCGACUUAAAAGAUAUAUACUACAAAAUCAGAUGCGUGUUAUUUCCAUUGCCACAGUUAGGGUUUGAACGCAAAGUUGUCAAAGAAAAUCCUGAUUUUUGGGGACCACUGAUUGUUGUUUUAUGCUAUUCGCUGUUAUCUUUAUAUGGACAGUUUAAAGUUGUUUCAUGGAUUAUUACGAUUUGGUUUUGUGGUUCUUUUAUAAUAUUUUGUCUAACUCGUGCACUAGGUGGAGAGGUAUCAUAUUCUCAAUGUUUGGGUGUUAUUGGUUAUUCACUAUUACCACUCAUUGUAACAGGAUUAUCGUUACCAUUACUCCACCAGCUACCUUACGUUCCUGCCAUUUUUAAGAUUCUCGGUGUUGUGUGGGCAUCAUAUAGUGCUGGUUCACUGCUCGUACCAGAAGAACUAAAUAAUAAACGUUCCUUGCUUUUCUACCCUGUCUUUUUGCUGUAUGUUUACUUUUUCUCGCUGUAUACCGGUGCUUGAGAUUCACAUGGCAUAUGGUAUCCGACUUAAAAGUAAUAACUGAAGAAGAAGCAAGAAAAAAGCUAGUGCAGGCAAGAAAUGCUUGUAGGUGUCUUAAGGUGUCUUAUGCAACUUUGGAGUAUUUUUUAACAUAGUAAAGGAACUGUAAACGGUUAUCCAAGGCAACAUGAUUGGAUGUUAAUCAAUGUUGAACAAAACAAUCCAGUGUACGGCCUUCAGAAUGACUUUGUUAACGUUUUUGUUUGUUUACAUGUGUUAUUUAUUAAACUUUGUGUGCGCAUGUAAUUUAUUGUUUAUUUUUGAAUUUUCUACAUAUUAAAAAAUAUAUAUUUUGUUAUUGUUAUUCCGAUAGAAGCUGGAAAUUAUUAUAAACUGGUUUAAUAUUUUUGACGUGUGGGUGUGCACAUUGGUAGUGUGUUGUUUUGGGAAAUGCGUCACAAUGAAUUUUUAAAUACUUUUAAGCCAGAAACGAUCUUAAAUGAGAAAAUUCGCGAAAUUUUUGUAUUUUGCGAACAAACAUUCGCAAAUCGAUGUCAUUAGGAAAUUUAGCGAGCAAUAACUUUCGCAAGUUACCAAAAUUUAACACUCCAAAAUUUAACACUGCAAAAUUUAACACUGCAAAAUUUAACAUUUCAAGGAUUACCAAGGAUUGUCAAAGCAUAAAAUUAAAAUAGACCAUUCCUGCUGAUCUUUUUUUUGUUAACAUCAUCUUUUGCGAAUUAAUGUUCUUUAAAACUUUCUUAAAAUUAUUUUGAAUAAAAUUCGCGAAAAAAUUUUGGGGAGAAAUUACAUUUUUAUCUGUAAUGUCCCACACAUGUUCACCGAAUGAUAAAAUUUUUAAGGCUCCCAAUGUAACUUGAAAUUUGUAGAAAAUAUUAUUUAUAUGUACGUAA